AUGAUUGCAACGGUAAUUGAACCGGUAGCAGAAGCUGAUGUUGUAUCGGUGGUGGAACGUUUCUUCGCGGAGCAAAAGAAGAAAUGCAAUCGACUGCUGGCAGAGUAUCACAACGUAACGUCAGAAAAUAACGUCGGUGUACCAUUAUGCCAUUGCCCACCGUACUUCGACGGAUUGCUAUGUUGGCCGUACACGAAAUCUUCGACGACGGCGGUUCUGCCAUGCCCGACUGGAAUCGAAUUCGGAUUCGAUCCGGAAUCCUCGAGGACCAACCUGGAGUCGAAUAACCGCGGUGCAGCUAUGGCCACCAAGGUUUGUCUGGCGAACGGACAAUGGUAUAAAAAUUCAGUGGAAAUCCCAUGGAGCAAUUACAGCCUCUGCGAAUCGUCGGACGAUCUCAGUACUCGUUCUCUCUUGAAAACGAUUGCGGAUUUGGGAAUUGAAAUUACGCAUUCGCAAGACUACGGGAGGUUCGAGUCCUUUUUGUUAGACAAAUGGUUGCCGAUUGUCAGAAUUGUCUCGCAGAUCGGAUAUGCUACUUCGUUCAUCAUGUUGGUUGUCACAAUGAUCGUGUUUUCUCUACUCAGGAAGCUCAGAAACCCGAGGAACAGGCUGCACAUGCACCUGUUUGCCUCGUUCAUAAUGAGAGCGUCCAUGGCACUCAUCAGAGAUUGGAUCUUCGUUGACGGGGUUGGACUCGCCGUGGACGUCGUCUACGUCGACGGGAAAGACGCGUUUAUCAAGCAACGAAACUUUCAGACGUUGAUCUGCAAGACUAUCACGAGCGCGUGGCAGUACUUCAUUGUUGCCAAUUACUCCUGGAUCCUGAUGGAGGGUUUAUACCUACACAAUCUCGUGAUCUUAGCAUUUUCUGCCGACAGUGCAGCGAUUAACUUGUAUAUCUUGAUGGGUUGGGGAUUACCCGUUUUCGUGGUGGUACCUUGGAUAAUUAUCCGUGCAACGAUGGAAGACACGCUUUGUUGGACGACUCAUGGGAAUCCUUCUUUGUUUCUUCUCAUAAGAAUUCCCAUCAUGAUAUCAAUCUUGUUCAACUUCCUGCUAUUCAUCAACAUAGUGCGAGUGCUGUUCAUCAAGUUCAAGACCUCGGUGCAUUUGCAACGCAAGAAAAUGCAGUAUAGCAGAUGGGCCAAGUCCACGCUAGUCCUGGUACCACUUUUUGGGGCUCAUUACACGCUUUUCCUAGGCCUCUCUUAUUACAAAGACGAUCGCGUGGAACUCGUCUGGCUCUUCUGCGACCAAUUCUUCGCGUCCUUUCAAGGUUCGUUCGUGGCUCUGCUUUACUGUCUGCUGAAUCUCGAAGUCAGAACGGAAAUAAAGCGUUCCUGGCGAGCUAGGUGGUCCAAGAACUUCACCACGCGUCGAGAAUCGGGAAAACGAAACAUCAAACGUCAUUACAGGCAAUGCCACGAGUGCGAUCAUCCGACCAUCUCCGCUACGACUAUGAGGAAUUUGUUUGUAGUGCAGGUAGAUAGAAGAUCGAACGAGUAUUGGCCAAACAUGGUAGAAUUAGAUACAGGAUAG